ACACUUUGUCAUUGGAACUAUACAUACAUAACCUCGUUGACUCGUUUUUGUGUAGUGUGUUUCUCUUGAAAAUCCUAAAAUGAAAAUAAAAAGAUAUAAAAAAAUGUCAAAAAACGUUAGUUUUUACGUAAACCAUUUCAAAUUUCACCAACCGUAUCAAAUAUUAAUGGAUGGAACGUUCUGUUACGCUGCAUUGAAUAGUAAGAUCAACAUUCAGGACAAUUUGCCUAGAUAUCUACAGUCUGAAUUAAAGUUUCGCACUACGUCUUGUGCUAUUAUCGAAACUGAAAAUUUGGGAAAGCAAGUUGCGGGUGCAUUAGUUAUACUCAAAAAUUUUCUUGUACAUAAAUGCGGACAUGAGGGUAAACCCAUUCCGGGCGCAGAUUGCAUAUAUUCCAUGGUUAAAGAGAAAAAUCAAAAUCACUAUUUCGUUGCCACUCAAGAUUUGGCCUUACAAAGUAAAAUUAGAAAGUUACCAGCAGUUCCGUUGCUUUACUUUGUAAGAAAGACACCUGUAUUGGAUCAGCCUUCGGAAGCGUCGAAAAAAGAGGCACAUGAUAUGCUGGGAUUAACUCCUAAUGAAAGGGAAACGAUAUCCUCUUUGAAGCAACAGCAUGGUAUUACCCAAGAACCCGAACAAAGCAGGAAAAGAAAAAGGAAAGGCGGUCCAAAUCCUUUGUCAUGUAAAAAGAAGAAAAAGAAACCUGAAAUACAAGCGGGAAAAAUAAAGAAGCCCGAUCCUACUCAGAAGAAAAGAAAAAAAAUCAAAGUACCAAAACAUGUCAAAGAUCUACUGAAGAAUGUACAAAAUAAAAAUUAAAUUCGUC